AAAGCUUCCCGAGAGCCAUGGUUGGUCCAGGCAAGCAAUCCGAGCACCUCAUGGAGCGGCUGCUAACCGGGGGUGGAGUGGGGUGGGGUGGGGUGAGGGGGUCUGUUUGUAGUACUCUCAGUCCUGAUGUCACAGACGCGGCAAGGACAUCGCAAGGAGGAGUCGGAUUACAGUAAGGAUGGGCAGUGCAGCAGGCAGCCCGAGCGCACACUCCAGCCGCCGGGGCUUGUAGCCGAGAAAAGGCUGCCUGCAAGGCGCUCAUCCCGUGAGGAGGCACGCUCGGCGCUCGGCGUUCUCCACGCCAGGGACAUUUCCACCGAAUGUGGCAUGGAAAGGCUCUGCUAGGCGUGUCAGCCUUGGGUACGCGCUGAUGCUGAAGACGCCGCGGUGGGGUUCCGGCUGUAAGAUUAAUGAGAAACAUAAUGUAUUUUGGUGGUACAUGCCAGAGCCCUGCUCUCCCAGCCCUGGUCCGUCCACCAGCCCCUCCUUUGCAACCAUCGCUGGAUAUUAAACCGUUUCUUCCUUUUCCUCUUGACACUGCGGCCGCAGUCAACCUCUUUCCUAAUUUUAAUGCGAUGGACCCGAUACAGAAAGCUGUAAUAAAUCAUACAUUCGGGGUUCCUCUUCCUCAUCGAAGGAAGCAAAUUAUAUCAUGCAACAUUUGCCAGCUGAGAUUUAAUUCCGAUAGCCAGGCUGCGGCCCACUACAAAGGCACGAAACAUGCCAAGAAGCUCAAAGCACUGGAAGCCAUGAAAAAUAAGCAGAAAUCUGUAACUGCCAAGGACAGCGCAAAGACAACCUUCACCUCCAUCACUACCAAUACCAUCAAUACCAGCUCUGACAAAACAGACAGUACCACAGGGACACCAGCAAUAUCAACGAUGACAACUGUGGAAAUUCGCAAAAGCAGUGUAAUGACAACAGAGAUCACCUCUAAAGUGGAAAAAAGCCCCACGACAGCCACUGGCAAUAGCUCAUGUCCUUCUACAGAGACUGAGGAAGAAAAGGCAAAACGGCUUCUUUACUGUUCGCUAUGCAAGGUUGCUGUCAACUCCGCCUCACAGCUGGAGGCGCACAACAGUGGUACUAAGCACAAAACCAUGCUAGAAGCCCGGAAUGGAAGCGGGACUAUCAAAGCAUUUCCUAGGGCAGGAGUGAAAGGCAAAGGACCUGUUAAUAAGGGAAACACGGGCCUACAAAACAAAACGUUUCACUGUGAAAUCUGUGAUGUGCACGUCAACUCAGAAACACAACUGAAACAGCACAUCAGCAGUAGAAGGCACAAAGAUAGAGCUGCUGGGAAGCCCCCAAAACCUAAAUACAGUCCUUACAACAAACUACAGAAGGGAGCACAUCCACUGGGGGUAAAAUUAGUAUUUUCAAAAGAACCAUCAAAACCAUUGGCUCCACGAAUUCUACCAAACCCGCUGGCAGCUGCAGCUGCUGCUGCUGCUGUGGCAGUGAAUUCCCCCUUCAGUCUUCGAACUGCUCCAGCAGCCACACUGUUCCAGGCUUCUGCACUUCCUCCGGCACUCCUGCGGCCAGCUCCUGGACCCAUUCGGACCGCCCACGCUCCUGUGCUGUUUGCUCCUUACUGAAUUCCAAAUGGGAGUAAUUGUACUGCAAUAAUUUUUCAAAAAA